UCUGUUAUGUCACAUUUAGAGAUGUAUUUAUUAACAUUCCCUCAUUCUAGCCCAGUCUUUAGUAUUUAUUUUUAACUCGUGCUCGGCAAAACAAUUGUCAAGAUCUCUUUCGCCAAUUGGAAAUAGUUUAUACACAAUGACAGUUAUAAAUCGAUCGACGAAAAUAUUUUACAACACUACGUCUCUCGGGAAAACAUUUUAAUAAUUUCAACAAUCGCUUCUGAGGAUUUAGUUGGAAAAAUUAAAAAUGCUUUUGAUGGAGAACAGUACGUUAAAGACGUUAUUGACGGUAAACGUACUUCAAUCUAUUCUAGUAUUGCUUUCAACUACAUUUCGUAGUGUUCAAGGAACAUUACCCUGGGAUCGAUGGUCGUGGUUGGCUCCUCAAGCACCCAUUGCGCAUUUUUUCCGGAGAUACGAAAAUAACCUAAUGCCAAUUAAAACGCCAAGUCUUAAUUGCGAAUGUCCACCAAAUAAAGAAUGCAAUAUGCAGUAUGAAAUCAACGAAGAUAUGAUUUACUUUCAAAAUCUUAAAGGAAUAAUUAAAGACAAUCAGUUAAAACAACUUCAGGAAGAUUUUGAUAAAAUUAAUUAUCGAAAGAACAACGCUAUAGAAAAAAAAUACAAUGAAACAGGAGUAUCAACAAGAAAAAGAAGGCGUAGUGAUGUUAUUUUAAAUUCAAAAGAUACAGUUAAAGACUGCUGUUGCCCGACAAAAAAUGUUAGAAUACCAGCUUUUAUAACAGACAAGAAAUUCGAUGAAGUUAUAGAAAGAUUAAAGAAAAAACCGUCUUAGUGAAAUACUUUUGACUGAAUUAUUUUUCCUUAAACAUGUAAAAUUGAUUAAUUAAAAUUUUCACUUUUAACACCGCCCGGUAGAAUGUAUAUAUUGUGUUCAUAUAGACGCUGUUUGAAAUUUUAAAAAAAUAGUAAACACU